AUGUUCGUGGAUGCAGAUGGAACUUUCAACAACAGCAACAUGAAAUCUUAUGUGAUGGAGAAAGCGAAAGAGCCCGGUGCAACAAAUAUGAUUUCGGAGGCGCUCGUUGCACACUUGCUGAAGAUUGCGCAAGAGGCGGCGGAGGCAGUAUCCGCCACUUCGCAGUCUUCAUCUCUGCUGAUGGAGAAUGGGACUCGGUGUGGGGAGCAAAUUCUGAACUACGACAGGGUGGAGAAGGUAUUUAUUGGAGGGAUUCUCACCAUGCUCACGCUGUUUACUAUCUGCGGGAACUUGCUGGUGGUGAUUUCGGUGUGCUUCGUGAAAAAGUUGCGGCAGCCGUCCAACUAUCUGAUAGUGUCUCUGGCUGUUGCCGACCUUUCAAUCGCGCUGGCAGUUAUGCCGUUUGUCAGUAUAACGGACCUUAUUGGGGGGCAAUGGGUUUUUGGCCAAGUCUUCUGCAAUGUUUUUAUUGCCAUGGACGUGAUGUGUUGCACUGCAUCCAUAAUGACGUUGUGCGUAAUUAGCAUAGACAGGUACCUGGGCAUAACCAAGCCUCUGACCUACCCUGUGAGACAGAAUGGCUGUUGCAUGGCCAAGAUGGUGGUGUCCGUGUGGCUCCUGUCCGCCUCCAUCACCUUGCCCCCCCUCUUCGGCUGGGCCCAGAACGUAAACGACAACAAGGUGUGUCUGAUCAGCCAGGACUUUGGUUACACCAUCUACUCCACCUCAGUGGCGUUCUACAUCCCCGUAUCUGUCAUGCUCAUUAUGUACUACCGCAUCUACCGCGCCGCCAAGCUCAGCGCCGCCAAGCACACCAUCACGGGCUUCCCGCGGGUCGGGGAGGAGGAGGCGCGGGGGGGAGAGGAGGAAGCCAUGGAGGAACAGGAGGAGGAAGAGGACAGCGUGGACUGUGUGUCGGCCGCUCUGAGGCUCCACAGGGAGGUGGAGGGGUGCACGCGAUUCUCCCGGCUCAUGAGGAGCAACCGGAGGAACAUGUCCAUCUUCAAGCGGGAGCAGAAGGCAGCAGCCACCCUGGGGAUCGUGGUCGGGGCCUUCAGUGUCUGCUGGAUGCCUUUCUUCUUACUGUCCACGGCCAGACCUUUCAUCUGCAGGGCGGACUGCCCUAGCUGUGUGCCCUUGUGGGUGGAGAGGACCCUGUUGUGGCUGGGCUACGCCAACUCCCUCCUCAACCCUUUCAUCUACGCCUUCUUCAACAGGGACCUGAGGACCACCUACAGCAACCUGCUGCGCUGUCGUUAUCGCAACAUCAACCGCAAGCUGUCCGCCGUCGGGAUGCAACAAGCCCUCAAACGGUUGGAUAAGACCGACUCUGUUAUCUAA